ACCAUUCGAAUUUGGAAUCUCGGCGCGAGGAACGCUGGGAGACGGAACGCACCCGUAUUUGCGCGCGAAAAGUGACAGAUCUUAUUGUUUUAUUUUUCUCUUACCAUAAACAAUUAAUAGUUCGACAAUAUGGCUGUUGCUAGUGCUAGAAAUAUUGUGAAUUUGAAAGAAAAGGGGCGUUUCGAGCUUGAAAAUGCAAGGAUCAAUAAAUAUACGCUCGCCGACAAGCUUCCAGAGCAGGUUGCGGAGCAUGGCAUCAAGAAGAUAAUAGAACCAGCAUACCACGUCAGAGUCAUCACAUCCAAAGAUAAGGACCGCACAAUUGAUUUUCUAAGGAGGUACUUCUUCCGUGAUGAGCCGAUGAAUCUAGCAGUAAAUCUACUGGAGACCCCCACGAGUCGAUGUAUCGAUUUAGAAGAAUAUGCAGCCAGUUCUUUGGACCAAGGAGUUUCGUUAGCUGCUGUAGACGAUAAUGGAGAAUUCGUGGGAGUCGUCAUCAACGCUAUUAUUAACAGAAACGACGUUGAAGAAGACAAAACAGAAGAAUGCACCCAUCACAAAUUCAAGCGUAUCCUCCGGCUACUGACCCAUUUAAGCAACGAGGCUAAGGUGUGGGAGAAGGUACCAGCUAGUUGUGACGUCAUGAUGGAACUCAGAAUAGCGUCCACACACCCCGAGUGGAGAGGACGACGUAUAAUGAAAGUGUUGGCCGAAGAAUCAGAACGAAUCGCGAAAACACACGGUGCUGGCGUCAUCCGCAUGGACGCUACAUCGGCUUUCUCCGCUCGCGCGGCCGAGCGGCUGGGAUACAAGAAAGUCUACUCCGUGCUGUACAAGGACCUGCCUGAUGCACCACAACCUAAAGCACCACAUUUUUCUGCCAGUGUUUAUAUCAAGCAGCUGUAAGAAUUAUCACAACAAGAAGAAGAAUGUCGAAGACCAAAAUCAGCUCUAUCUACUGCACAUUUAUUGCACGAAUAGAAAAUUAAUGCGGUAGAAAAGCACAACACCUAGUAUAGGAACUAUUUUAUAUUAUUUUUAUGUGAUCAUGUACCUAUAUUAUGUACCUGGUAAAGAUAGGAAUAUGAAAACAGAUCCGAACAAACGAGAUAAGGCAUUCUCCAAGUCUACUUGUGAAUUUAAUUUAAGA